AAGGCAAAAAUCAGGCUGCCGAGCUACAAAUACAGAAUCUCUCAGGGCAGCCCCCGAGAUAGGCCUAGCGAUCCUAGCGCCUGCGUCUUGAUUCUAGCAGAUGCCAUGUUUUAAUUUUUUUUUUCAUUAGCGCAGCACUAUUUUGCAAAAUAAUUAUCAUCGAGUCGGCUUUCUCUGCCCACUAUCAAUCCGGUUUCUCUCCCCUCCCGAUCCGCUUGCUGUGCGUCAGAUCAGCUUGCAUUUUGCCGCAAAGACUCAGACCUAUACCACGCUGAAGGCUUGAAGAAAGGAGUCCGGCGACAGCGGCCCGCGUUUACCAGUUAUGGAAAAACUGCUGAAAACCGAACUGAAAACGACCGUAUUGAAGGCGUUUGGGAGCUCGGGAGGAGGGUGCAUAAGUCAAGGGCAGAACUAUGAAACCGACCACGGGCGAGUGUUUGUCAAAAUCAACACAAAGCCUCAGGCUAGGACAAUGUUUGAAGGUGAAAUGGCAAGCUUAACAGCUAUUCAAGAAACCAACAUUGUGCGGGUUCCACAGCCAAUAAAAGUGAUGGAUCUUCGAGGAGGUGGAGCAGUAUUUGCUAUGGAGUACCUAAAAAUGAAGAGCCUCAGCAAAUAUUCUGCAAAACUCGGAGAACAAGUAGCAGAUCUUCACCUUUACAACCAAAAACUUGGAGAAUUAUUAAAGAAAGAAGAAAACACAGUUGGGAAAGGUGCAGUCAUGGCAGAACCUCACUAUGUGGAUAAGUUUGGAUUUCAUGCAGUCACCUGCUGUGGCUAUAUAGCUCAGGUGAAUGAAUGGCAAAGUGACUGGCCGACUUUCUUUAUAUGUUACCGGCUCCAAGCCCAGAUGGAUUUAAUUGAGAGAGAUUAUGGAGAUAGAGAAGCAAGAGAGUUAUGGUCUCAGCUAAAGCCAAAGAUUCCGGAGAUGUUCUGUGACCUGGAGAUAAUUCCCGCACUCAUUCAUGGGGACCUAUGGGCAGGAAAUGUAGCUGAAGAUGACUCUGGCCCAAUUCUUUUUGAUCCUGCAUGUUUCUAUGGUCAUUCAGAAUUUGAACUUGCAAUUGCUAUGAUGUUUGGUGGCUUUAGUAGUUCGUUCUUCUCUGCUUACCACAGCAAAAUCCCUAAGGCUCCAGGCUUUGAAAAGCGCAGCAAACUUUACCAGUUAUUUAACUAUAUUAACCACUGGAACCAUUUUGGGAUAGGAUAUCGGGGAUCUACUCUUAAUGUAAUGCGAAAGCUUUUAAAGUAAUCCUCAAACAUGGUCAUCCAGAAUAACUGAUCCCGUUUGAUGUUGGAAGAACAUCGAUGAUGAUGUUUCAAAGAUGAUGGGAAGUCUCCUGAAAGUUACAAAUGCUAAGGUGACAUUUGUACACAUUUAAUUCCUCGCAAAAUGCUUGCAGUGGUUUUGUAAUUUUAGCAUUCUGUUAAUUGUGGACCAAAAUAUUAAUAACCACUUUGAUCAGGUAGGGAAACUGUGUAGUUUGUUAUUCCAGACAGUGACUUUUGUAACAAAUGUACAAGGAGUGUAAAUGAGAGUUUCAGAAUAGUUAGUAAGUCCCAAAGGAGUAGCUGCAAAAAUACAAAGGGGAAAAUCCAACAUCUGUGCCAGGGGAUAUGAAGGAAUUUCCCCCCUGCAGUCCCAUGCACUCCACGGUCUGUUCCAGAGAGUGCCCCAAUGCUUCAUAAUAGAUUGGGUGGGGGUAUGGGGGCAUCAAGUUCCAAUCUGCACAAGUGGAAGUUAGUUGGGUGAGUGGGGUGCCACAGUUGGAUAUCCCCAAAACCUGUAAACUUGAGAGCCCAUUUAAACAUGUGCAGUGGCUUGUGUGGAUGUAAUUACUCCUUUGCUCAAACAGUAACUGCUCACACAAACGGCUUCUGAAACUUCCCUGCAUUUCAAAAGCAGAGCAGGAAUUAGGACCACUUGCCCCAGGGCUUAUAAGUUGGGGUUUUUUUAUACACAGAAUUCACCACACAGAAAUCAUUGUCAUAGGUAUAAGCUUGUGCCUGUUGCUGCUAUCUUGUGCCUACUUACCUGGGAGUAAGUCCCACUAAGCACAGUGGGAUUUCCUUCUGAGUAAAAAUAUAUAUAGAAUUGUGCUGUGAAACUCAUUUAUUAUGAUUAUGAAACAAGCUUUAUAGGUAAAGCUUCCGUUGUAGAACUCUUGUAUUAUAAACCGCAGCUUUUAUUUUAUGUAUAUUUUAAAAAUACAAACCAAAUGUAUUUUAAUUUUUUUAUCCUAUUUAAAUGUGGAACAGCUUCAAUAGUGGUUUGUAAUGGCUGGGAAACAAUGAGAUAAGCAGAGGGAAAAAAUGCAUGGUUGGUCUGGUCCUUGUAGUCCCAUCCUUCUUUGACUAUGGCCAUUUAGCACUAUGCUCUACUACAGUCUUAUAGGAUGAUUUUUAAAAGAAUUGGAUAUGAAGCCAUGUUAUGUACAAAGUGUUUUGGAAUUUGUUCAGAGUGCCUUGUGGCAAAUAUAACCCCUACACAGAAGGAAGGAGCGGAGCUUCAUUUGAGGGCAAUGGGCAAGGCGUCCAGGCAGACCUGACUGCACAGGCACCUCUCUGUUUUGUCUGUUAUUGUACAUUACAAUAUCUUGCAUUUACUCAUUAAAUAAAAAGGUUGCUGUAA